ACCGAAAUGACUGUUGUUAUUUGUAUUCCACACAAGUCAUCUCGCACGACUCAUCCUACCAGUGCCUCAGCCUUCCCUCAGCCUCAAUCAUAGCACCAUAGACAAUUCAUCUUCAGCGCACCAAGUUUCUGUCCACUCUCUGCCUGCGUCGUUGUCACCCCUGGAGGGCUCAUCAUCUCGCAAUACCAGUUUACCCCCUAUAUAUCAUCACCACUUAGGGUCCACGCCUGCCCUCAUAAUCUAUCUAUCGCCUGUUUUCCUUCGAUUCGCUCAUUUCCUCUAUGCCACAGCCCUCCCAUGAUAAGAAGAAGCGCCAGAGAGUUGUGCAAUCUCGAUCUAUGGCAGCGCCAAUCUCCUCAAGUCCCUCUAGCAACACGUCUUGUGAACGCUCCACAGCUCCCAUUCGGCAAAACGAGCUAUCAGAGGAAGCUGAGCGUCUGCUUGUCGCCAUUGUUACACCGAUUUAGGUCUCUUGCGGUAGAAGGCAUUCCAAAGCCAAGAGUGGCUACUGGUAUAAUCGAUAGAGCCGUUAUAUCAAUAAGCGACAGCGAGGAUGGCCCAGAACGCUCGUAUCAGAUCAUGUCUCGACGGCGAACUGAUUCCGCUGCUUACAAGAGCCCAGCACUUGCUGCACUACCAUCCCCAACUACAGCCACUCCGGAACGGACUUCUUCGUGGUCUGAGCGUGUUCCAGAGGGCAAGAUUGCGGAGGGACCGCAAAUCUAUCCCGUUUAUGGCUUGCCGGACAUCUCGCUGGAGUCCGACCUCAACCCUGUCCAUGCGACAGCUCAGGAGCUCACCGUGCCGCGUCAUAUGAGCGCUGCAGAUGCUCUGGGCUCAAUUGUAACUUAUAAGCAACCUGCUUCUGGGGACAGUGCGCCGUUGCCGUUCGCUGGUCGACAACUGCCCGGUGUCUAUGUACAUUCAAUUCCCUCCGCCUCUGAGCCAGAACCUCCUUCUUCCCCAUCAGACUCUGACGACGUAAGCAAUGGAGCCCGCAAGCCCGUUGAACCAUUAGGACACACAAGUAGUCCUGUACUUGCAAAGCCAGCAGCGACGACCGGCCAAAGGAGUCUUCAUGCUCUAGAAGUAGUGUCCCAAAGAAUACGACGCGGAACUUCACACCCGCCAUCCAUAUCUGAAUCCUCGGCGCCAUCCACGACCUCAGAUGAACCCCCCGCGGCGCUACCAUCGGGAGAUCGCGACGAGCCACAAACAAAUGAACUAGUAUGGGCAAGAUGGGAGUCUCUAGAUUCCCGUCGAUUACUGAUUGUCGGUUACUAUGGUGGAAGUGUUCAAAUGUGGGAUGUCACGGAUCUCGAUCUCGUCCACGAAGUUCUUCAUUUAACAGGGAUGUUUACUCGCUCAUUUCCGCGGACAGCCCAUAUACUGUCUAAACCUCCUCCAUACCCCCACGAUGUAACCGCGGAUUUGUUUAUCCGUUCGCGACCUCUGAUGGCCCUUCUUUUGGAGAAUGCGGAGCUGGUCUUGUACUCUCUUGCCACCCAUAACAUAGUGAAGCGGGUCACCUCGCUUUCGAAUUCUGGUGAUAUCGGUGAGUGCGACCUGCAGACAGGAGAAUCCUUUGUUGCUAUCGGUACUUUGGCUUCGAAUCAAGAGGCGGCCGUCCAUAUCUUAUCUGCUUAUGAUUUUACCGUGCUGUACAGAUUCCUCCUUUCCCCAUCAACGACGCCCCCACCGUUCGCUUUGUCGCGGCGGCUACUCGCUGUGCCACUGGUUUCACCAUCAUCUCAGCCUCGAUCGGCUGGCUCGUUGCCCGGAAGCAUCCCAACCCUCAGAGAUGGCGCAAUGCUUGCUGGUUCCGUCAAGAUGGAAGUCGCUACCACCGCCCGCGGGGUGUUGAAGGGUAUGGCAGCAGCGGCUACUUCGGCUUGGGGGAGUUUCAUGAGUAGUUCAAGUCAGUCAACAGCAGAUCAAGGGUCUUCUCGAUGGACUUUUUCUCGAAGUGCGCCGGUCGAAUCCGCAGCGGAACUACCCAAUGAACGCUGGAAUAACGGGGCCUCGGGUCCUCUAAUGAAAGCUAAUGCGACUCAUUUGCGUAAUACCAGCACGAAUGACUCAUCAGAGGGAGGCGUAAAUGUCACUUGGAUCGCAGUGUUCGACUUGCAGCCAUUGCUGCGAGGCGCUUCUGAGCCGUUGAAGCACGCGCACUUCCCAAUGACACUAGCAUCCACUCCAUCGGCUCUAUCUUCGCCUGUUGCGUGUCUCUCCAUUUCUCCAUCGGGCGACUUGUUGGCGGCGGCGGAUAACGAUGGAGUAAUCAUCAAAAUCUUCCAUUUACGUGGCACUGGAGUCAUUCGGCAUCGCGAUGUACAUCCAUUUCCAACUCCUAAAAUUGCCCCUGUCGCUCUGUCCACAUCUCCGAAUGACCCUUACCAAAUUUGUUCUUCUACUGGGGCUUCGGUACCACGAUCGAGGAGACGAAGUUCUUCCUCGAGUGCUAGCAAACCUAUUAUCAGUCCUUACUAUCAUUCUAAGAAGACAAUGUCGCCAAACGACCCAUCCCUCCAUCCAAAUGUUUGGCAUCUUUACGAUCUCAUCCGUGGAAUGACACGUGCCAAAGUGGAGAGCUUGGUCUGGGCGCACGAUGGUCGAUGGCUGGGAGUGGGGACGGCCACAGGGACCUUACAUAUCUUUGGUACGAAUCCUUAUGGCGGUCCUACAGACGAGGAGUCCCACGUGCAGGGCAGGGUAAUCAAUAUUACAGAAUUUCCGCUUCUCUCUGCGCCUCUGAAACCGAUGGCUCGUGUUCGCGUCCAAACUAGCCGCGCCCAACAGGCUCCUCCCCGAUUGCUCGUGAAGGGACAGUUAUUUUCUUUCGUUUUCCCUCCGCCCUCCGUAGCAGCACGUUCAUCAUCCUUCAAUCCCCGGGAUUCAUUUGCACGCCUGAAGGGAGCUAAGUCGAAGCAACCCCCAACCAUUUCUGGUUUCCAAGAUGUUCUGAUCGUCAAUACUGUUUCUGGGCGCUUGGAACUCAAUCGAGUGGACAUUCAACGUCCCCAAAGAGAACCAGAGGCAGAGCAAAUUUCCAAUGGGGUCGGUGUACUCAGCGCAUCUCCCAGGACAAGCGUUUCGCUGCCGACAUCUGGACUGACACAGAUGAUGCAAGCUGUCCGCGGCCAACAAGCGACGGGUAUCCGUGCCCAGCAAAAGCCAAUGGCGAGUUGGAAUGUUCACAAAGACAAGGAGUGGGAGGACGUUAAAGGGGAGUUUCAGCAUUCGCAUGCGGCCGCAAUAAUUUCCCAUAACCAAGACUGGCUCGCCCAGGCAGAACUCUCUACUGGAACCACAUCUCGAGCCAUGUUACCAGGAUCUAUUUAUUUAUCGCAUCAGUUCUCAUUCUUUGCACUGGAAGAUGAGUGGCAUGUGCCUCUGCAGAGAAAUCAGUUCGACCUCUCUUGUUCGAAAAUUGAGGUUCGCAAGGAAGUGGAAAUAAGUCAAUUUCCUUCCGGGGACAAGAAGCACCGCUCUGGCCAUUCCGAACUCCUGAAUCAGGGGCCACCGAAAUCCGGGUCAGCCUUACACGAGCCGCUUGCGUCUGCUAUACAUGCGCGAUUGGACCCAGCUCUAUCCCGUCCACCCGUUUUGCCCAGUUAUCCGAAUGGAUUGCAUUCCGGCCCAACUAGCUGGCGGGAUGCUGCAUUGCCUCUUCGACAUGCAGCAGCCGGGAUCUCUGAUGGGGUUGGUGAAGGUCUAGGCCGGUUAAGACGGGAGAUCGGCAAGGUAGCCAAGAGCCCCAGAAAAGGCGGUCGUGGCCCCAAUAGUCUCACUUUCGAGGAAACAGACAAUCUUGAGGCUCACCAGCUUGAUCGGUCCACAGGUGAAACCACCGUGACCACUACGCUGGAUGCAUGGGAUGAGUGGCACGAAGACAUUGGUCAAGAAGUAGCAGAAUAUGAAGCUUUCGAGAGCCUCGGCGGUGUCGUCGGGGAAAUGGAUGAAGAUUGCGACCUUAAUGUCCCAGCUCACUCUUCGAGUUUACUGGUGUCAAAAAGUGAAACGGCCUCUAGCAGCAAUACUCGAAGACGACGAGGAUAAGGAUGGACUUGGAAAUAUUUUUAUUUUGGGACUCUCAAGGUUUGCCUCAGUUUUGGCAUUGCAUCGUAAGCCUUUAUCAUUCCGGCUUGUUUAGUUACAUCAGUCACCUUCAUCGAAACAAGUCGAACUUAAAUUGAACGUCAUUCACAGCAUUU